UAAAUAUGGCGUUUGAUAAGGAUUUAUUCACAAUCUGCACUAAUAUGUUUAUAUCAUUACUUCUAAUUUGGUGGAUUUUAGCCCAUUUUUCCCAGACAAACUGUUCCAGCUGAGCUCUUCCUCAUUUCACUACCACGCAGGCGUAAAAUACCUUAAUCAAGCUCAUAUUAAGUCCUUUUCACAGAACAUUCACAGAUCUUGUGGGGAAUGUUACCCAAGGUUGAGGCGAGCUUCCAGAUGUCCUUGCUGGUGUACUAAGCUGCUCUUAGUUGAUUACAAAGCCCCUGAGAUUAGAGUCACUAUGGUGAUGCUGCACUAGGAAUAUUCCCUGUCAACACUGUCCUGCCUCUGCGAAGCAAAGCGUGCCUCUGUAAUGAGGCAUCAGCACAUUGGUGGCUGGUGGAGAUAAAGCUUCCGAGCUGACAUCCUGUUAAUAUCCUUGGCCGCGUGAGGUUUUGCUGAUAUCUAAAUGUGAGUCAAUAUGUCUUUGUCUCUGAGUAAAUCUUCACCACGCCUCCUAAAAACAACUGCCUUGAAAUUAGUCUAGUUUUACACACACAGAAAAGUACCGGCACAACAACGGCAUCCAAAAAUGCAAUAAUCAGAUUAACAGCAACAAUAGCAUCAUCAUUAAUCACACACAAACAUAAGAACAGCUAUAAUACAGAGUAAGAGCCAGGGAGGGAUUUGUUUCUGUCCAUAGUUCUUAGAUCUCAGAGUAUUUGCUUCAUAACUGUUUCACCGUCUACUACUGAUUGUUUUAACACCAUUAUGCAUCUUGUUUUCCAAAGUUUGACUGCGAUAGUCCAUUUAAAGCGUUGCAGAUGUUUGGGAGGCCAUUCUCUGCUGAUACUAAGUUUUUUUUGAAAUCCAGUCCCAGGCUCUUCAAGGUGCUCCAGACUUCCUGGGUCCUGUAGAAGUCCAUUAGUAAAGCUUGAGUCCGGUCUCGCUCACGGUGAACCAUCGGACACCGUUUGGUUUUAACAAACAGUCGUGACUGGAGGCGCCCCCACACUCAUCGGCCAGCGAGUGUCUGUCACGUUCUCAGAGAAUUUCGUAUCCUGAAGUAUUCCGAUAACUUCAGUUUCAUGUGAACUGGACAAGUGCUUAUAUUGUUUAAAACCUCCGUAAUUUAAGUCUCUUUGUUGGUGUUUUGAUUCCAGUGAAUGUUCAGAGAUUCCCCGUGUCUUCUUGUAGCUCCUCCCACACUAUUUGCUGCUCUGCAUCACAGAAUGUUAGCUAACACCGCUUUGCAUCCACCCAUUCAGGAGUUUGCCGAGAACCUCCUGAGCGGCGGGGUCCAUGGAGCCGUGAUGGUGCUGGACCCCACGUUCAACACGGACGCCAUGGCGACGGCGCUGGGCAUUCCCAACAACAAGCACAUGGUCCGCCGACACCUCAUAGAGGAAAUGAAGACGCUGAUAGGCCCGGCCAGGGCGGACGCGAAGCAGGACCUCGAGCGUUUGGGCCUGGGAACGCCGCCGACCCUGCUCCGGCAGAACUCCGUGGGCAGGACAGGCGCCGGCGGGCGGCACGCCGACGACGAGGGCUCGCUGAGGAGGAGGGCAGUGAAGCCUCCAUCAGGGUUCAGUCCCAAAGCGCGCGGGGGGCGGGACUUGAGUUGCCACGGCAGCUACGGCUCGCUGCCUCGGGAUGGGAGGGACCGGACCCCACCCCGAGCCGACGGAAGCCCGGUCCACGGCUACACCAGCAUCGAGGUCAGCAACGUGUGAGGUCACGGAGGCGCCGCGCGGCCCGGACGUGACGUGGCUACGAUGAGACGGUCAUUUUGUUCUAAAGAUGAGCCUGCGGGGAACAGACUGCACUUUUUUUUUUUAAGCGUCUGGAUUUUUAAAACAUGCUUCCUGUCUAAUCAAAACCACUCACUGUGGACAGCAGAACCCAGAAUCAGAACCUGAGGCGCGGAGCUAAGUGACUAUUUUUCUAUGUUCUGAAUGGUCUUUGUGAGCCAUGAUGUAACUGUGCAAUUUGUUUUGUGCUUGAGAGGGAAAUUAAACUUUUAACAGACUGUUUGUACGAUACACGGUACGUAAAAGAGUUUAUCGUCGCAUUUACUAUGAAACUGUUCUUGUUUACUGUUUGUGAUGCCUUGUCAGUGUAACUGAUGACAGCGGACAAAAAAGACUUGAAAAGUUUAAUAUUUAAGACGACGUUCAGUCAUUUUUCGUCGUGCACAUUCACACAGUUGUGUCUAAACUAAUGUAGCUCUCUCUUCUGAUAAGAUUUUAUACUGUGGUAACUAUGUAGGAAAGAAUAUUUAAGCAAAGCCAACAGGGAUGAGUGGAGUUGUACAGCCAUGAGAGCCUGCAGGCCACUAUUCAAGUGUUCCUUUAAAUCAAAUAAAAUGAUAUUUCAAAUACA